UACCUAAGUCAGAUUCCGGCCGGCAAUACGCAAAAUUCGAUGACCGAAUUCACCUCCCAAGUCACCGGAAGGAACAAGGAAUCCUAUUUGUUGAGUAAAUUUUUUGUAUUGUGUGGUACUAUUCCUGUUGGCUUAUAAACCCAUCCACCAUUAUGUUACUUGCACACAUUAUACUCCCUUCUUUCUUGGAGAAGAAGAAGAAUCAUCACUCUCUUAAAUUGGUGAAGAACACUCUCAUACACUUCAUUCCUAACAAUAAAACCAAAUGCCUUCAACAAUGCUCAAAUGUCUCUCCUUCAACUCAUCACCUUCUUCCUCAACCAUUCAAAACCCUUCCCAAGAUGCUACGCCCACAAUCUCCGACGAGUACCACCGCGUCGUACACACCACGUCUUUUUCAGAGAUUCGCUCAAACGUCCAGGCCCAAGCCCACCACCUCAAACCCACGCCCGACCGCGUCCAGCAAGCUCUAGCCCACUCCAACCCCGAGAGUCUCACGCGCCUCUUCUCCGCGUUCUUUGACCACACCGAAGCUGCCUCUGACCUCUGCCUCAACCUCCACCACUGCGUCCUUCACGCGCGUGCCCUCCACGCGCCUCUCCUCGACCUCUUCCGAACCCUUGACCCUUCCCACCCCUCCCAAAACGACUGCGUUCGCGCCCUCGACCUCUUCCACCCUUUCCACACCCUCCCAAACCCCAUCCCCGACUCCCACACCUUCUCCGCCGUCCGCACCGACCUCUCCGCCCUCAAAACCGCCCUCGACCGACGCGCCGCCAGAUCGCUCAGGAAUCUACGUCUCUCCCGCCGCCUCCUCCGCGGCUCAGCCGUCUGCCUCGUUGUGGUCGCAGCUGCCGUGAUUGUCGCCACCGUCGCCGCCACGGUGCACGCUGUGGUUGCAAUUGCUGGAAGUGGUGCUGGUUUUGCUCUGCCGGUUUGUGCCUCUGAGAAGAGAGAACUUGCGAGACUGAGGCAGCUUCAUGCUGCUGCCAAAUGUGCUUACGUUUUGAGCAACGAUCUCGGGACGAUCGACGCCCUGGUGUCGCGGCUGCGCGCGGCGGUGGAGGGCGACAAAGUGUUAGUGAGCCUUGGGUUGGAGAGGGGGAAUGAGAGGUACCUUGUGCAGGAAGUUAUCAAGCAGCUCUGGAAGAGUCACCAGGGGUUUCUACACCAGGUCGAGGAUCUUGAGGAGCAUAUUUUCCUCUGCUUUUAUAACAUUAACAAGCAUAAACAUGUGAGCCUGGGGGCAAGGGAUGAAGGAGUGUAAAACUCAAAUACUGGCCACGAAGUUUCACCUUUAUGGGGUUUCAGGAUCAUUGCAAUGAUUUAAAAGGAGAUGAAGAAUGAGGAAGUUUUACAGUGAAAUUAUGGGACUUAACAUGAUUAUUGACAAAUAUUCCAAACCACCAUCAAGGAGAGGUGUUUCCCUGCCUUGCCUUGAGGACAAGCUCUUCAGUGGUGGUGCCUAUGAUCUCGUUAGCCCGUUUCAGCCCAACGCAUUGGUAUCGGUUAAUGACAUCCUGAAUUCAAAGGAAAGCUUUCAGUUAAGUAAAAUUCUUAAUCUUCUGAUCAAGCAUCUUAGGUAACAACAAUGGAAGUCAUCUCCCACUUUUAUGAACAUAUUUACUUAAGA